AUGAAGGUUUGCUUGGCCGCGGCUCUUGCUGCCGCCUUGGCGGCGACGGCGAUGUCCCAGGACUCUCCCGCUGAGCUUCUUCGUGAGCUGCAGGCGCAGCGGUCGUUGCUGGAAGAGCAGCGAAAGGAGCUGAAGAAGAUGACCGAAACUCAGGAGAGUUUUGCUGGUGCCAUGGAUUCGGCUUGGCUGGUCCUCUGUGGCGCGCUGGUCAUGUUUAUGCAUGCCGGAUUUGCUAUGUUGGAGACUGGCUGCUGCCGUGCCAAGAAUGCCUCGAACGUCCUGAUGAAGAAUCUCGUCAAUGUGUCAGUUGGCACAUUGGGUUGGUGGAUCUUUGGCUGGGCCUUUGCCUAUGGCUCCCAAGCCGGGGGCUUCAUUGGUACCGAUGGCUUCUUCGGCCUUGGUUUCUACCACAAGGAUGCAGCCGGCAACAUUGUGCCUGUGGAAUGUGAGGACGGGAACUGCCAGUCCACCAUGCUGAGCUGGUUCUUCCAAUGGGCCUUCUGCACUGCCGGCGCCACCAUCGUGAGCGGAUGCGUGGCAGAGCGUGUGAAGAGCCCCACCUAUGCUGUGUUCGCGUUCUGCAUGACUUCUUUCAUUUCCUGCCCGUGGGCGACCUCCUCGUGGUGGCAGGGGUCCAACGAAUGCCUACAGCGCGACGGGCUCGACAAUACUGAGGAUGAUUACCACGUCUACGACAAAGAGGACGACUACAUGAGUGAUGUUGGCAAUCAGGACCACUGGUGCUACGUUCUUGUACAGCUGGGAGCGCUUAAUUAG